AUGCGAGGAGGGGCUGGCCCGUGCCGGCGGGUGCUGGCAGGGGCCCCCCGUGCUCCACAGCUUUUCUCCGAGAGUCAAGGCCACAUGGCUCACCUGCUGAACUCGGUCAGUGACGUACUAGACGCCCUGCAGAGGGACCGGGGGCUGGGCCGGCCCCGCGUCAAGGCUGACCUUCAGAGGGCGCCUGCCAGGGGAUUGCGGCCCCGGGGCUGCGCCAGCGGCCCUCCGCCACGCGACUGCCUGGACGUGCUCCUGAGCGGACAGCAGGAGGAUGGCAUUUACUCAGUCUUCCCCACACACUACCCUGCCGGCUUCCAGGUCUACUGUGACAUGCGCACGGACGGCGGCGGCUGGACGGGGGAACCCCUGGUGAGGACCAGCGUCUGCAAGGAGCCGGUCACUCUGCACCCCUGCUUCUGCUGCUUUGCGCCGGAUGGAUACUACGUCUCCAUUGAUUCAUCCCACACGGGCACCUGCUGGGCCCUGAGCAGGGGGGGCGAGAGGGGCCAGUCCGGUAGUGUGGCCAAUGUCGCCACCUGGUGGUGGUUCCUGGGAGAACGGAAAGCCUACGAGAUCACCUACGUGAGGCUGAAGUUCCACACCAGUCGCCCCGAGAGCUUUGCCAUCUACAAGCGCACCCACGCGGGCAGCCCGUGGGAACCCUACCAGUACUACAGUGCCUCCUGCCAAAGAACCUACGGCAGGCCCGAGGGCCACUACCUGCGCCCCGGUGAGGACGAGCGCGUGGCCUUCUGCACCUCCGAGUUCAGCGACAUCUCCCCGCUGAGCGGGGGCAACGUGGCCUUCUCCACCCUGGAGGGCCGGCCCAGCGCUUACAACUUCGAGGAGAGCCCCGUGUUGCAGGUGGCGUCCACAGGGCUGGCGCCACCUGCGGCGUCCGGGGGCUCAGCGAUAGAGGAGAGUCCUUCUCCUGGCAGCGGCAGCUGCGGUAAGCCGGCCCGUGUGGUUCCGGCAGUGCAGGCGGCGGCCGCCGUGGCCAAUGCAGCGGAAGAGGUCCCAGUCAGAACACCUCCUCAAGUGGCAUCCACAGUGCAAGCUGUGGGCCUUGCUGAGGCGGGGGCAGGGCUGUACGAAGGAGGCCCUGAGCUUUCAUGCCAAAAGACACCGUUGCGCGUCUCCCGGAUCCAUUACGGCGCGCAUGGGGAGGAGAUGCUUGAACAAACCAGGCAGUACCGAUCACCAGAAACGCGGGAGCGACACCGAGAGGCCCAGGCGGCCAGAGCCGGCAGUUCCCACAGCAGGGGCAUGGCGCAUGCUGCUGGGCGGGGCAGGUGCCAGUGCCACGGACAUGCCAGCGAGUGUGGGCCCGAGGAGGUGGGCCGGCUGGCCUGCAGGUGCCAGCACAACACCACGGGCGUCGACUGCGAGCGCUGUCUGCCCUUCUUCCAGGACCGCCCGUGGGCCCGGGGCACCGCUGAGGCCGCCAACGAGUGUGUGCGAGCAGCCCCCUUGGGCUCCGCUGCGCGGGAUGCUCUGGGCCCCCCACACUUCCGGCCCGCCAGCCCUCGGCUCCUGGCACGAAGACGGUCCGGAGACCCCAGCACGGGGCACUGGGACACUGGAGCCAUCUCUAACGGUACUGAACUUGACCUCAACUUCAGGUCUUCGGAGAACUCCCUCACCCACGACCUCACCGCCCUUGUCCUUCGAAAGAAAUUCCUGGGAGACCAGCGGUUCAGCUACGGACAGCCCAUCACACUGACCUUCUGGGUCCCCCCCGGGGGCUCCCCACUCCCCGUGCGGCUGAGGCUGGAAGGGGCGGGCCUGGCCCUGACUCUACGACCCUCCAGCCUGUCGGGCCCCCGGGAUGCUGGGCAGCCGGGGGAGGCCCAGCUCACGUUCCAGUUGCAGGAGACCUCUGAGGACGCGGCCCCUCCGCUGCCCCCCUUCCACUUCCAGCAGCUGCUCGCCAAUCUGACGGCUCUGCGCAUCCAGGCCGGCGGCCAGAGCGCAAGCCCUUCCGGCCAGGUAUUCCUGACUGAGGUCCGGCUCACGUCAGCCCAGCGGGGGCUCUCCCCACCAGCCUCCUGGGUAGAGACUUGCUCAUGUCCCAAAGGGUACACAGGCCAGUUCUGUGAAUCCUGCGCUCCAGGAUACAAGAGGGAGACACCACUGGGGGGUCCCUAUACCAGCUGUGUCCCCUGCACCUGCAACCAGCAUGGCACCUGUGACCCCCACACAGGGAUCUGCCUGUGUGACCACCACACCGAGGGCCCGUCCUGUGAGCGCUGUUUGCCAGGUUUCUAUGGCAGCCCCUUCGGAGGCCGAGCCGAUGACUGUCAGCCUUGUCCGUGCCCUGGACAGUCGGCCUGCACAGCCAUCCCAGAGAGCAGGGAGGUAGUGUGCACCCACUGUCCCCCGGGCCAGAGAGGGCGGCGCUGUGAGAUCUGUGAUGACGGCUAUUUUGGGGACCCUCUGGGGCUCUCUGGGGCCCCCCAGCCCUGCCGGCGGUGCCAGUGCAGUGGGAACGUAGACCCCAACGCCGUGGGCAACUGUGACCCCCAGUCUGGCCGCUGCCUGCGUUGCCUGCACAACACGACAGGUGCCCACUGUGAGCGCUGCGAGGAAGGCUUCUACGGGAGCGCCCUGGCCCCUCGGCCCGCAGACAAAUGCACGCCCUGCAGCUGCAACCCGGGGGGUUCAGUCAGUGAGCAGAGACCCUGCGACCCGGCGAGCGGCCAGUGCACCUGCCUGCCUCAUGUGACGGGACGGGACUGUAGCCACUGCAGCCCCGGUUUCUAUGACCUCCGGCCCGGGAGGGGCUGCCGGAGCUGCAAGUGUCACCCACUGGGCUCCCAGGAGGACCGGUGUCACCCCAAGACCGGGCAGUGCCCCUGUCGUCCAGGCGUUGAGGGCCAGGCCUGCGACAGAUGCCAGCUGGGUUUCUUCGGCUUCUCCAUCAAGGGAUGCCGAGCCUGCAGGUGCUCCCCGGUGGGGGCCGCCUCGGCACAAUGCUAUGAGAACGGCACGUGCUCGUGCAGGCCCGGCUUCGUGGGGUACAAGUGUGAUCACUGUCAGGAAAACUUCUUCGUCACGGCCGGUGGCACACACUGUCAGGAGUGCCCGUCCUGCUACGCCCUGGUGAAGGAGGAGGCUUCCAAGCUGAAGGCCAGGCUGACCCUGAUGGAGGGGUGGCUGCAGGGGUCCGACUGUAGUGAGCCCUGGGGACCACUGCACAUUCUGCAGGGAGAGGCCCCACGGGGAGACGUCUACCAGGGACGUCUGCUGCAAGGAGCCCGGGAAGGCUUCCUGGAGCAGGUGACAGGCCUCGAAGGUGCUGUGAAGGCUGCCCGGGAGCAGCUGCGCACGCUGAGCAGGAGUGUCCACUGUGCCUGGGCCGGAACAGAGAAGACCUGCAUCCAGCUGGCGGACCUAGAUGCAGCGCUGGAGUCCUCGGAGGAGGAGAUUCUGCAGGCGGCCCUUGUCCUCAGAUCUCUGGUGAUUCCUCAGGAAGGGUCCAGCCAGCCCACCACCUGGAGCCACCUGGCCACCGAGGCCCGUGCCCUUGCCAGGAGCCACAGGGACACCACUGCCAAGAUUGAGGCCACUGCGCGGAGGGCCCUGGUCGCCUCCAACACCAGUUAUGCGCUUCUCUGGAGUCUGGUGGAGGGCAGAGUGGCCCUGGAGGCCCAGCAGGAACUGGAGGACAGGUACCAGGAGGUCCAGGCCGCCCAGAAGGCGCUGGGCACGGCUGCCGCAGAGGUGCUGCCCGAAGCUGGGAGGGCGCUGGCCGCCGCGCAGCAAGCUGAUGUGGAUGCAGCCCUGUGCCCGGCCUCGCUGGCCGCCCCUGCAGCACUGGUCAGCCCCGCCAAGUCCGAGGCCGGGGCCCUGGGCCUGAAGGCACAGGCCCUGGAGAAGACAGUUGCAUCUAGAGAGCGUGUGGUCACCGAGGCUGCCGGGGUCCUCCAGGCCACCGCCCAGGCCGUGCUGCGGAAGACCGAGCCCCUCACACAGCUACGCCAGCAGGCCAGAGCUGCCCUGACCCGGGCUUCCUCAUCCGUCCAGGCUGCCACGGUCACUGUCACGGGAGCCAGGACCCUGCUGGCCGACCUGGAGGGAAUGAAGCAGCAGCUUCCUUCGCCCAAGGACCGGGCCACGCUGGGGAGGAAGGCAGGUGUGGUCAGGGGCAGGCUCCUUCCAGACUUGAAAAAGAAGACCAAGCAGGCGGAGAGGAUGCUGGGAAAUGCGGCGUCUGUCUCCUCCAGUGCCAAGAAGAAGGGCCGUGAAGCCAAGACGUUGGCUGAGGACAGUGCUAAGCUCGCCAGGGCCUUGCUGAGGGACGGGAAGCAGGAGCAUCGCCGGGCAGGCCGGCUGUCCAGCCAGGCGCAGGCGACGCUCCGACAGGCCUCGCGGCAGGUGCUAGCCUCACAAACCCGCCGACAGGAGCUGGAGGAAGCUGAGCAGGUAUCGUGGACGUGCUAUUGA